GAUAAAAUGCACUAUCCAGUGUCCACCCGGACCACCCCCUUAUCCAGUUUCUCCUCUCUGCACAGAACAUUCAAAACAAUGGCGGCAUUUGAAGCUGCACUGUCUGUCUCCUCCCUCUACUCUUCUUCUUUUUCUUCUUAUUCCUCUAAAUUCUUCGCGUCCCCCAAACCAUCCACCUCCCUGACGCUUCAUAUUUCCAAUUAUAUCCCUCCCAUUUCCCGCAAUUUUCUGUAUUCUUCUCCCCCAUGCAUCCGCAACAACCCCACAAGAAAACCCUUCUUUGAGCUGAUGUGCUCUGCGGUACAGGAGGUUACAGCUGAAGAAGAAGCAGUAGAAGAAAAAGCAGAGGAAACCCAAACGCAAAACCUGAAGAGAAAGCUCUACGUUGUGAAUUUGCCUUGGUCUCUCACUGUGGUGGAUAUCAAGAACCUCUUUGGCGAAUGUGGGACUGUUACAGAUGUUGAGAUUAUAAAGCAACCAAAUGGAAAGAGCAGAGGCUUUGCCUUUGUGACAAUGGCUUCUGGGGAAGAAGCUCAGGCUGUCAUUGAAAAGUUUCACUCUCAUGUAAGUUAUUUUGGUAUUUGGGUGAAUGUACUUGUAUUGACUCAAAAGAAUUCUGUUUCUCCACCUCCUCCCAACCCCCAAAUUGUGGAGACACGCUAUAAGCUUUAUGUCUCUAAUUUGGGAUGGAAAGUAAGAUCAAGCCAUCUCAGAGAUUUUGUCUCUGAAAAUUUUAAAGUUCCUGUCUCAGCCAGGGUUGUCUUUAGUGGCCCCUCCGGGAAAUCUGGUGGAUAUGGAUUUCUUUCUUUUGCUACAAAGGAGGAAGCAGAGUCUGCAGUUUCUUCUUUGAAUGGGAAGGAAUUGAUGGGCCGGCCACUAAAUCUAAAAUUUAGUGAGAAAAAUGUCAGCAACUCUGGAAGCCAAAAGGAUGAGGAAGAAAAAUUUGAGGGUCAACCAGAAGAGUUGUAAGUCCACAGACAGUCUUUAACCAAAUUGAUCUAUUUUUAUUGCAGAUUAUAAGUGGAAUCUUGGGAAAGCAGAAAUUUUGACCUCAACCACCCAUGUAGAGAGGGACUGUGUCCUCCUGUUGUCUGUAAAUUUGCAUUAGUGUCUCCUUUUGUUAUUUAUCUUUUCAGUUCUUAGAGCAGUUGUUGUUUUCUCUGUCUUGCUAAAACAACUGUUGACAUACAUAUUACUGUAUUGUUCCAGAUAGAGAGAGCAAUUAUAUAUUCUAUAUGAUUACUCAAUGGAAGCCUCUUUUACAA